UUCUACGGGCAACAAAAUCUGAGGUACGCGUGAAGAGUGUUCCAGAAGUCACCUCCUCCUAGCCUGACUGUUUAACGCGGCUGCCUGUAAAUAUAAUUCGUCCUGUACUUUUGAGGAAACAUGGCUAAGUGGGGAGAAGGAGACCCUCGGUGGAUCGUGGAAGAAAGAGCGGAUGCUACAAAUGUCAACAAUUGGCACUGGACGGAGAGGGAUGCUACAAACUGGUCAUCAGAGAAGUUGAAAGAGCUUCUGGUGGGCUUGCAAGUAGAAAACGAUGAAGGCAAGUGUGAAAUCACAGAGGUCAGCAAGAUGGAAGGAGAGGCCUCGAUCAACAACCGCAAAGGGAAGCUCAUUUUCUUCUACGAAUGGAACUUAAAGGCUAAGUGGAAAGGGACCUCGAAUUCAGGGAUCAAAUACAAAGGCGAAAUUGAUGUUCCAAACCUUUCUGAUGAAAAUGAUGAGGAUGACCUGGAUAUCAGUGUGUCCCUUUGUAAAGAUGAGCCUGACACACCACUCUUCACUUUGAUGAAAAAUGAGGGUGCACAGAAAGUCCGUGAGGCACUGAGCAGCUACGUUGAGCUUCUCAAAACAGAGUUCACACAGGGUAUGAUCUUACCAACAGCCAAUGGUGUGACCAAACAGCCAACCUCUCAGGCAAAAGUCAAGCUGGACAAAACCCAGAUUGGCUCGGGUGGCACAACUGCCCCUCCCUGCACAGGAGUGAGGAUUCCCACUUGCAAGUUCUCGCUGAAAGACACUUUCCUCACUUCACCGGAGGAGCUCUACAGAGCUUUCCUCAACCAGGAGAUGGUGCAGGCAUUUACACAUACAGCUGCUGUGGUUGAGCCAGAGAAGGGCGGCAAGUUCCGCCUCUUGGGUGGAAAUGUAUUCGGAGAGUUCCAGGAGCUGGUUCCUGAGGAGAAGAUAGUGAUGAAAUGGAGGUACAAUACGUGGCCAAGUGAGCACUAUGCAACAGUGACCCUGACCUUCAUAGACAAGGGCAACGAGACGGAGCUGAAGAUCGAGUGUCGAGCUGUGCCAGAGAGUGAGGAGGAUCGCACACGAGAAGGCUGGCAGAGGUACUACUGCCAGGCCAUCAAACAGACAUUUGGCUUUGGUGCACGACUCUGCUGAGAUCCAACUUCAACCAUCACUAUUUUGGCUUUUUCUUCCCUGUGUACAAAUGAGCACCUGGAAUGUGACUCUACUGAAAAACAGACUUGUUGCACCAUGUUCUAAUUUUUUUUUUUUUUUUUUUUAAUGUCAAAUUAGAAGAGAAAAUGAAGAGAUGCUAUGAUUGAUAUGGAGUAACAAAGCAAGAGAGUUGAGUCAUUUUUAUGUAUCAUCUGCAUGUGUGUAAAUUUUUUUUUUUUUUUUUUUUUUUUUAAAUUGUAGCGCAGUAAGUUCUACAUUUGGCACUCUCACCUGACCUUGUCUGGACAGGAACAGACUUGACUGAUUGCUUGCUUUCUUUGAAUUGAGUGUAACUUAUUGAUCUAUGGCCAAGACUUGUCAAGUAGGACUGAGAAGAGCAGAAUACAUUUUCAAACCACUAAAUUAAUGUUUACUGAUUGGAUGUGACUAUUAGAAAUGUUCAUUUCUAUAAAUGUCUCAACAUAUCAGAAAAGGACGCAGGCUUGACCCAGAUACUGUCUUGUAUGUUCAGCAGACUAUGUAUUAGAACGUGUCUAAUGCACAAGUGGACUCCCCCCCCCCCCCCCCCCCAUGACUACUUUUGUAUUCAUUUAAAGUAAUGUCUAAUUUCCCAAGUAGACUUUUAUGUAUGUCAUUCAAAUGAACAGUUUUCCUCAAGACAUGCAGAAAAAGUAUAUGAACUUGCUUCAUAAAGUCUUGUUUAAAAAAAAAAAAAAGGAAAUACUGUAGGUUUAUAGAAAU